UAUGGACUGAACAGGAGGCCCAAACUCCUGGGAAUGUCAAAGGUUUGAGAGGGCGUGAAAGUCUUGGACAUGAGCUGGUCAGAGCCCUACAGCCAGGUGAUAGGAUUGCAAUUUUGGCAUUAGCAGAGCAAUGGGGAUGGGAGAAUCACGUCUAUAACGCCUCUAUCGAUAUUUAUUAUUCUGUAUAGUCAUGAACGUUCAGUGUCAGCGCUGUGUAUGAAUGGUCUCUACACUACUUACGAAUGCAUGAUUAUCCAUUCGGAAUUGAUUCGGAAUCUUACACUACCUGUUUCCCCUACUCACCCUCACCACACAUUCAAAUGCCUCGGUCUGUUCGCCACACACCCAGCGAAGGAGAUGUCCGAAUCGUCCGGCAUCUCCUCCGAACUUUUCUUCCGCUAGAGCUCGUAGAUGUUAUUAUUGCGGAUGCUGAAUACUGGCUUUGUAUUCACGUUGAACGUUCUAAACAAAUACGGGUGGACGCAAGGAUAGCUCUUGGUCAGGGAUUCAAAUUGGCUUGGUGUUAUCUUGUUUCGCCACCGAUACCGGAAACUUUAAGUUCUGUAGGACAGGGCUUGGGACAGAGGAGAGUGCGGAAAGUGCAGUUGAAGGUGCAAGGUCACGAUCUAGUCUGGGCAACUAAUCUAAGCCCAUCGUCCUGGUACGAAGCCACCAUCAUCAAGGCAUCCCGCCAACCCGGCCUGCUUUGGCUCCCCGCUGCGUUGCGGGGACCUGUCGAUCCAGCGAGUCACCUAGCCAGACCACACUUUAAUCAAGUCUUCGCAGGCUUCACUCGUUGGCACAUUGCCUCAAACAAACUUGGUAAUCGAACAAAGCAAGAUCAUUCAGUCGUUUGGACUGAAGAGGAGGUGCAAGGGCCUCGAGACGCUGGAAGUAUCAAAGGACGUGAGGGCUUCGGCCAUGAGCUGGUCAGAGCGUUGCAACCUGGUGAUAGGAUUGCUAUUUUGGCGUUAGCGCAGCAAUGGGGAUGGGAGAAUCAUGUAUAUAGCGCCUCCAUCACCAUUCAUUAUUCUGUAUAAAGUUCUGGAAUAUGUAGCACUACUGAGACGUCCAAGAAAUUUCUGACAGACGAAAAAUUUUUGACCAUUUAUCUUUGUUGGGUAGGUUUUCUCCGAGUUUGUAUACCCCGAAAUUAGGAGACAGGCGAGUUCUGAGAGAAUGGUUAAGGCAGGAGCAAAGGAGGGGGAUAGAUACUUUU